CAAAAAAAAAAAAAGAGAAAAUCCGCUAAAAUUGUAAUAGCUGACCCAAGGGAGAAGACCCUCCAUUAAAAAUGCAUAUCUAGAAAAUGUGCUCAUUUUCCAGGGAAAUAAUUUUGAGUGAGAAAAGAAAAUCAGAAAAACACAUCUAAUUCUAGAGAGAGAGAGAAUACUACAGUGUAUAUAUAGAGAGAGAGGACAGACGGGUAAUUUAAGCAGAGAAAGCGAGAAGAUGAUUACGUUCAUGGAUUCUGUUAAACUGAGCAUUUGGGGACUUCUCUUCAGAUCACAGAGCGAGGAAGUGCUGAAAUAAUAAUAAUAUUAAAAUAAAUAAUAAUAAUAAUAGUAGUAGUAAUUAAUAUUAAUAAUAAGUAUUUUUAUAGAUAUAUAUAUAUAUAUAUAUAGACACACACAAGGGGGAGGGGUGUAUUUGUGUGUGUAUUUGUAUAUCAGAUCCUCUUGUAAGGGGCAGUAAAGGGACAUCGUCUGGUUUUUGCUCUUGUUUGUUUGUUUUAGUAGAGAAGGGAAAACCUAGAUAGGGAGACGAUUGCAAGGAUAUAAAUCUUGUUCAAUUUGAGAUUUGAGUUUCGUGUUAAUUUGAGAGGCGGAAGGAGAAACUUGCAGCAAUUUGUGGUGAUUGAAAUAGUUUGGAAUUAAUGUUGUUGAAUUGCGGCGGAUUGUGUCGGUGGUGGCGGGGAUGGCAGCCGCGCGAAGGGGCCGGAGCGUGGAGGAGCUGUACAAUGCGACGGAGGUGAUUGGGGCACCAAAGAUAACAUCAGUCUUGCGAGGGAGUUCUCGCAUGCAAGGGCCAGUAGAAGAAACUGAACGCGAUAUUGAGAAGAAUAUGUUACCAUCACAGUCAGAGAAAAUAUUAGGCAAGCCUUCCAUGAGACGGAAGGUUCAUAUGAGAGUAGAUUCUGGGACUUGUAACGUGUGUUCAGCUCCUUGUUCAUCUUGUAUGCAUCUUAAGCUUGCCUGUAUGGGAUCAAAGGGCAACGAAUUUUCUGAUGAAACCUGUCAUGAAAGUGCUACAAGUCAAAAUUCUGUUGAUGAGGAUGAUCAUUCUUUUAAAAAUAGAGCAUAUGACAGCUUACAGCAUAUUUCUAGUGAAGCAAGUAACCUGCUUAGUGUCAAUUUUCACGAUUCUUCAUCUGAAAAUGUGGAAAGUAAAGCAAGCAUAAGGUGUUCUGAUAUGGUUGAUGCCUCGGUUGAGUCUGAGAUGCUUCCAAAACUAUCCCUUGGUGGAGCUGUUGCAGCAGAUCAACUUUUUCUAAAACCACAGAGUAUUUUGGAUCGCGUAACUUCAUCAAAUAAGAAUGAGAGUUCGAAUGUGUUAGAAGGGCGUGAUGAUAACAUAUCAUGUGUUAGUAGAGCUAAUGAUGCAAGUAUAGCAGUGAUUCAUCAUAACAAGAUUGUAGACAGGAAGGAUUUAUCAUUUAGUUCAGCUUCUGUUAGUAGUUUAGGAUCAGAAGGAAGUGGAAGUGGAAAAGCACCAACUUUGCCCAAGUCAGAGUUGUUAGAGACACCCUCAAAUGAUUCAUGUGCUGGCAGUUCCUCAUUGAAGGUACAGAGCAGGUGCCUGUCCAUCACAAAUGGAACACAUUUGGAAGAAGAUAGAAAGUUAGAUACUUCUAUGGUUGCAAGUCAACUUGCAGAAGGAACUGGAAAGACACUAAUUUUGCCAAAGUCAGAGUUGUUGGAGACCCCUUCAAAUGAUGCAUAUGCUAGCAGUAGCUCCAUGAAGGUGCAGAGCAGGUGCCUUUCAUCGGCUGCAGAUGGAACACAUUUUGAAGAAGAUACAAAGUUCGAUUCUUCUAAGGUUUCAAGCCCACUUUUGGAAGGAACUGGAAAGGUACUAAUGUUUCCUAAGCCAGAGUUAUUAGAUACACCUUCAAAUAAUGUAUAUGCUGGCAGUAUCUCUCCAAAGGUCCAGAGCAGGUACCUGUCCUCCACCACAAAUGGAACACAGUUGGAAGAAGAUACAGAAUUUGACACUUCCAAGGUUUCGAGUAAAGUUUGUACAGAGGUAGAAGAAUGUACUAAAAAAGAUAGUGGAGACCAAUUGGAUGGAGGUUAUAAAUGUUCUAACCAAGUUGAACAAGGUCAGAAGUCAAACGAGUCAGUUGAAUUACCUGCUGUGCAGGAGCGUGCUUUGCAAUCUGUUUCUGGGGAUGAGAGUGAUGAGUCAGAAAUUGUGGAACAUGAUGUAAAGGUAUGCGAUAUUUGUGGGGAUGCUGGUCGGGAGGAUUUACUUGCUAUAUGUAGUAAGUGCAGUGAUGGUGCAGAACACACCUAUUGCAUGCGGGAAAUGCUUCAGAAAGUUCCAGAAGGAGAUUGGUUGUGCGAAGAAUGUAAGUUGGCUGAGGAAACUGAAAUCCAGAAGCAAGAUGCUGAAGGUAAAAGAAUAAACAAAGCAAGUGCACAAAUCUCUGGCAAGAGACAUGUGGAAAUAACAGAGGUAGCUUCAGCUUCAAAAAGGCAGGCUCUUGAAGGAAGUUUUGGAUCCCCAAAGUCAUCCAGCCCCAGCAGAACAGCUGCACUGUCACGGGAUGGUUCUUUCAAGGGCUUAGAUAAAGGGAAAGUAAAGCCUGCUCGCCAGACAUCAUUUGUCACUCACUCUAGUGUAGAUACUCCAGAAACUGCACGUUUUUCUAUUGGUCCACGAGUUCAGUCACCCAAGGGUACUUUAUUGAAGUCCAAUUCAUUCAGUGCUUUGAAUUCCAAACCAAAGGUAAAACUUGUUGAUGAUGUUCCUCAAAAGCAGAAGGGCACUAGAGAAGGUCGUUCUGUUGAUAUCAAGGAGGGGACUGCCAGGAUGAUAAGCAAAUCUAUGUCAUUUAGAUCAAUGAACCCAGGCCGUUCCAAUGCUACUGAUUCAAAAGUUAAAAUGCUUUCGUCAAAAUUUUCUCAAGCUCAGGAUUUAAAAGUGUUGAGGCAAGUGAAAGAACAAAAUACGGCUGAAAGUAAAAGUUUAUCAAAAUCUGAUCGCCCUAUGGGCGGUUCAGUGAUAACCAGUUCUAGUACCUCUGUGCCCAAGGUCAGUCAAAAGCUCACGCCUCGUGGUGAUAGUGUCUCUGUAUCAUCUACAAGCAACAAUAAAGACUCAAAUACUUCACAAUCUGAUGGAAAAUUGGGCAGCUUAUCAAGAUCAACCAGCAGUAUAGCUCGUAAAGGUGCAGAAACUCCUGUUACUUCUGUUCGAUCUUUACCUGCAAACGGAAUCAGCAGCGCUGUGGUUGAGCAAAAGUUAAACCAAGUUAGCCCAAAGGAUGAACCCUCUUGGAGUUCUUGGAUUGCUGAGCGACCAUGCAAUAAUGUGGAUGAAAAUUUGCAAGAUGGUUUAUCACGGUCACGAGAAUCGUCAAAUCAGAGUGAGAAAACUAGGGAAAGUUCUGUUUCUCGCCCGAGACCUACUAUGAUGGCUGGGCCAAAAAAUGUCACCUGUCAAAAGUGCAAGGAAAUCGGGCAUGCUACAGAAUGUUGCACAGUUGUUAGUCCUCAGGCUUCUGUGAUCGAUACAUCUGCUGCAAGGAUUGGAAGGGAGGACAUGGGCAAAGAUGGCAUGUUAAAAGCAGCAAUUGAGGUUGUUAUGCUCAAGAAGCCAGGGAUAUUCAGAAAGAAAAGAAAAAGUGAUCAAUCUGAUGGCAUGUCCUCAUCAAAUGUGGAUGCAACUUCUGAGAUAGCUUCUCAUGAUCAGUUUUCAGUUUCAAAUAAGAUGAGGAAUAUGAUUUCUGAUGAAGUAACGGAUGAAGGGCAAGCAAAUCUUGGUAUUUCUUCCUCAGAGAAUUACAAGCAGAUAAAUAUUAAUAAUGAGAAGCAGUUUAAUGUGCAUUCCACCAAUGCUGUUUUUCCUUUCAAAGCUGGAGAAUUGGGUUCCACAAUCCCUUCAACUGUAAAAUCCAGUCAUUCUUUGGCAGCAACACCACACUUUUCAAAGAUGUUAACCAUCCCAGAUCAUGAAUUUAUCUGGCAGGGGGCCUUUGAAGUGCACAGAGGUGGAAAACUUCUGGACUUAUAUGGUGUAUUUCAGGCACAUUUAUCAACUUGUGCAUCACCUAAAGUUCUUGAAGUGGUGAACCAGUUUCCCGAGAAAAUUAUGGUGGAUGAAGUACCUCGCUUAAGCACGUGGCCAAGACAGUUUCAUGACAAUGGUACCAAAGAGGAUAAUAUUGCUCUGUAUUUCUUUGCUAAGGAUAUUGAAAGUUAUGAAAAAAGCUACAAGAAUUUAUUGGAUAACAUGAUAAAAAGAGAUUUAGCACUCAAAGGAUAUUUUGAUGGUGUUGAGUUCUUGAUAUUCCCAUCUACUCAGCUUCCAGAGAACUCCCAGCGUUGGAACAUGUUGUUUUUUCUAUGGGGUGUGUUCAGGGGAAGGAGAUCAAAUUGUUCAGAUUCCUUAAAUAAGUUGGUUAUCCCCAGUUCUGUGGUGCCCUUGGACAUGAAUUCUCCUUGCAAGCCAUUUACUUCAUUAAAUGGGGAUUUUGAUAAAAAAGCAUCACAGUCAAAUUCAGAGAAGCAAGAUGGUAGACUUGACUCUAAUUCCCUGUCAGAAAAUACAGCAAGCAAUGCUUUUCUCUGCUCAGAAAAUAGAUGUGCAAGUCCCUUGAAGGAAGCAGCAACUCUUCCAGAGUGCAGAGUGGAUACAGAGCAUAAGUCAUUUUUACAGGCAACUGGAACCAGUACUGGUUAUAAGAACAUAGAGGAGAAACAAUCACAUGAAAAUACUUCAUGUGUCAGAGAAGACUCAUCAUCUUUCAAGGUUUUCCAGGUUGGUGAUCUAGGUGCAGAUGUCAAUGGGAGUGUUGUUGAGGAGAAAAUGGUGGAUAGAAUGGACACUGAUAGAGAUGAAGCUAAAGUUGAGAAGGACCUGAAUGAAGACUCCCUGAUGAUGGAUGCAGAAGCUUCCUCAGGUAGAGACUUAAAUGUCAAAGGCCCUGACUGCUGGCAGUCAAAUAGCAGAAAACGGUCUUACUUGGAUCUGUCAGAGACUGCACCUCAGACUUCUAGUAGCAUAGGUCAAAAAAUGCCAUGGGAUACUGUAGAUGAAGAGAGUAUCAAGAAACUGAAGACCAGCUUUUGUGAACAACAUGGGUCCAGCAGCAUGAGAGGGGGAAAUUCAUUGAGUGAUUGUUUUGCUUCACAGGUUUCCAGUUCCUCAAUUGAGGAAAGAAGCUGUGACACAGCUGCUGAUGAAAAAAUUAUACUGGAGGAUAUUGGAACUACUGAAAGGUACUUCUUUCCUGUGGAUUCACGUCGUGUAAAAGAAUUGGGGGGCAACUCCAUGCCCUGGAAAGAGCACUCAUCAAAUGAUGAGGACAAAUUCCACGAUGGGGUCCCAAAUCUUGAGCUUGCUUUAGGGGCCGAGACAAAACCCCCAAAUAAAGGAAUCCUACCUUUCUUUGUUGGAAUGGUAGAGAAAAAUAAUACCCAGAACAAGACUCCAGAUAAUGCGACAGAUAAGGAAGAGGAGGAUGGUGUCUCCGCUUCCCUUUCCCUUUCUCUUUCAUUCCCAUUCUCAGACAAGGAACAAACUGUUAAACCCGUCUCAAAAACGGAGCAGCUCCUGCCUGGAAGGCAUCAUGUGAAUACUUCACUGCUCCUUUUUGGGGGCUUCUCAGAUAAAUAGGCCCAUGGUGACUCAUCAUUGUAUAUUGAUGUGCACCACAUAAAGGUACCUGAUCAUGUAUGAUGAUCUUCCAUGGGCUUAAUAGGGGAACUCAAUUGCCAUCUGUUCAUAACCCACAGAGGAUUUACUAAUAAUUUUCCUUUUUUACUUAUUAGCUUCUCUGUUUUUUGGAGUGCAUAAUCACAGCUGUUUGUAUAUAAAGAGAAUUUUAAGCCGCUUAAAGAUGCCAUGACAUAUUUGCAGAACAAUAUCUUAAUGCUGAUGAGUAAUCUUAGAUUUAUUGUCUUUUGAAA